AUGGAUAAGAGCUGGGUUCACAAAGCUCGGUGGGGUAAAGAGUAUGAAGAUAGCGUGAGGCUAUUCUUGGACCAUGCAUUCGAGAAAGGGGUUGUUACUGAAGAUAGUAAAAUGAAAUGUCCUUGCAGAAAGUGCAAUAAUGUUAAUUACAAAGUUAGAAGUGAAAUUUUCAGUGACUUGAUAUUGCACGGUAUGAUGAGAAAUUAUACUACAUGGUUUCAUCAUGGUGAGAGUUUAAGCUCAACGGUCUCAUCAAGUAUCGCACCACAAGAUACAUGUUUUGAGGUCAGAAAUAACAACGAUGAACGACCAGGGGAUGACCUUUUUGGCAUGUUGCGAGCUGUGUGUGGAAUACCAAUGCGUGAUGAUGAAGGUAUGGAUGAUAGGGGUGACAGUGAAGGUAUGGAUGAUAUGGAUGACGAUGAAGAUAUGGAUAGUGGGGAUGGAGGAGUGAGUGGUUUACCAAGUAAUUGUACAGCUUCUAGGUUUUAUAAAUUUCUCGAGGAGUCAAAGAUACCAUUGUAUCCUAGCUGCGACAAAAUGUCAGUGAUGUCUUUUCUUGUCCGAUUUUGGAACUAUAAAUGUGUUGGAGGGAUGUCUGAGAAGUCAGCCAAGGAUAUGCUUCAACUUAUGAGGGAUUCAUUUCCUGAUAAUUGUAAUUUGCCAGAAAAUUUCACACAGUGCAAGAAAAUACUUUCAGAGUUAGGAUUGACUAACAAUAAGAUUAAUGCGUGUCCGAAUGACUGCAUUCUUUAUUAUAAGGAGUACGCCGAUAGGGAAACAUGCCCUGUUUGUAAAGCAUCUCGUUACAAAGAUGGAACCAAAACACCAGCUAAGAUUCUUCGCCACUUUCCUUUGAGACCUCGGCUACAGCGGCUGUACAUGGAAUCUAAGACUGCAGGAUAUAUGAGAUGGCAUGCUGAAGGGCGUCCGAGGGAUGGUAAAAUGAGACAUCCAGCUGAUUCUGAAGCUUGGAAGCAUUGCGAUGAGAUGAAUCCGACGUUUGCUGCUGAACCGAGGAAUAUCAGACUAGGUUUAGCAACAGAUGGUUUUAGUCCAUACCAUUCAACCAGAAAUCCGCAUAGUACAUGGCCUGUGGUCCUUUUACCAUACAAUCUGCCCCCAUGGUUGUGCAUGAAGCAACCUAACAUGAUCUUGUCUUUGCUUAUACCAGGCCCCUAUAGUCCAGGUAUGCCAUUUUCUCUAUCUCUGACUUGUCAUUUUUUUAAAAUCUGUAUAUGA